CCUUUUUGCUGUCCGUUGUCUGUCCUGUUGUUUUUUGUAGUCCGACAUGAUGAGCCAGGAAUCUGCUUAUAAGCAAAUCCAGGAUGCAAAGAACAUGGUGGAAGAUGAUUUGCAGCACAAACUGGAGGAGUUUGAGGAUGAGCGAGACCACUUAGCUAAACUGGCCAACACCGCCAGCAGCCUGGAGAGGGAGCUGGAGCAGGCGAAGUUGAUCCUUUCCCAGAAGGACGUGCAGCUGCAUCAGAUCCAGAAAGAACAUCUGGAUCUGAUGCGCCAGCUGACCUGCACUCAGGAAGACCUGCAGACCAAAGAGCAGUCCAUCAACCAGCUGGAGGCUCGCUUCCUGGAGCUGGAGGCCCAGCUGGCCGAGCUGCAGACGGACGGCAUCGCCAAGGACGACAACAUCCAGUUCCUCCAGAACGAGAAGAUCGUCCUGGAGGUGGCGCUGCAGGCCGCCCGGGCCGAAAAGAGCCAACUGGACGAGGGGGCUGAGCGUCUGGGAGAGGAUGUUCUGGUGGCUUCAGACAUCUUGGAUCAGCUCAGACAGGACGUCCAGGUCAAAACCAGUCAG